GUGACAUUUCGCAACCCCACUAUCAGAUCCAUAUCCCCACUGACGUCAAUUUAAAGCUGCAGGCCUCCGUGCACCGACCCCGAAAUGAACCUUUGAAGUUGCCAUGAGCUGACGUCGCCUCCACACGUACUGUUGUACCACAACCACGAGAUCCCUACGAAACCGGCGCCUUCACAUCUUCUUACCCCUCUUCCCACCAUUCCUCUUUCUAAAUUCCUCAGAUUACUCCUCCCGUGUAUCCGUACAUGUCUUUCUUCUCCCAAUUCCAACAAUACGCCGGAACCUUUGCAACAGUAGCAGCCGGUGCCAUCAUCGCUAGAGCCGUCGGCAUCAUGCAAUCAGACACCCACGACGACCAUUCCGGGCCAAGCCCGCAGGAACCCGGAAACUACAAGCCCUCGCACGUCGAUGUCAUCGUCGUCCGCGUCAUGCUCGAAAGGGCCUUCAACUUCCCUCCCGAAAUCCUAGACCUCAUCAUCGAUCAGGCCGAAUACUGGCCGCAUUCCGAAGCCAGCAUCUACCACGCAGUCACGCCCCUCCGCGACGCGCUCCGCGUUGUCGGCACCACCAGAGACGAGAACAAGUUCAUCCUGCGGUGUCCACCCAUCGGAUUUCUCGACUUCAAAAAGGUCGGUCCGGCAUUCAAGACCGCGCCGCUCCCGCCCAAGUCGGGUGAUGGGUCCCCCGUUACGGAGCCGCUCCGCAACCUAACGCUCCUCGAACCCACGUCGAGCCCCACCGAGAUCGUCUCCGAGGCCCCGAGAGAAUACUUCACAGGAUCCAUGAAGGCGCCGCCCACUCUGACCCACCCGGUGCGGAAGAUCGUCUUCAAGUUGCGGAGUAAAGAUCAGGGCUGGGGAGGUGGACACGGCGAUCGUGGGUCCUAUCGAGGAUCUUGGUCCUGGUUCGAGGCUGGUUUGGAGAAGUUUGACAAUGAGCGUACCUGCGAUGGAUCCUGCAAGACAGCAGCGGAAAGCUCGGAUAGCGAGUCCGAAGAGGCAGCCGCCAUCAGCGAAACGAACCUGUGCACCUGCGGCCUUCAGUCGAUAUAUCCUCCCGUCCUAGCGACCGCCGACGGGAAGCUUGCCUACUCCCAUGCUAUGCACCCACUCGAGAACCUCAAGAUACAAACCAACAAGACUGCUAACAGGGACUUUAUGGACCACGAGGUGGUGUGGUCUUGGACCGACGACAUCCACCCAGAGUCGCCCGAAGCCGACCGAUUAGCUGAGAUAGGUCGGGGCAAGGGCACCGGGACUGGAAAGUUUGUGCGCAAUCUGAAGCUGGGAGAUGUGGUCACGGUAUGGGGCAAGGCGAGGUUCGGUGGCUGGGCCAAUUACGUGGAGAGCGUCAAGGUUGAGAUUUACUGGGCUGUUUGAGAGACAGUUAUUGCAGCGUUUACGAUCCGCACCAGCCUGUAUACUAUUCCCCCUAAUUUUCACGUUUCAUGACCACUGUAAUGAGAUUGUCGCCGCGCACAGCGAUGCCUCUCAGAAGGUUUGCCAUGGAGUAGUACCCA